AUGAAGUUUUCCACUACUAUUUUAUCAAUUAUUGCUGCUGUUAUUGUUGCUGCUGCUCCAGUUGAAGAUACUGCCCCUGUUGAAUCCGAUUUUCCAUUCCCAGAAGAAGCAAUUAAAGCAAUUAUUCCAGUCUCAGAUGAAAGUGCUCCUACUUAUGCUGAAUAUAACGGUGUUCCAUAUUUAAUUUUAGUCAAUACUACUGCUUUGGGUGAUUCUAAAGUCAAGAGCAAGCGUGGAUGGACUAGAUACCGUUGGUUUGAACCCCAUAAAUAA